AUGGGUCACGAAGAGGAGCUGAGUCCGGACCAAGUGGAUCUGAAAGUAUCCCCAUUUGUGGGAUCCCUACGACGCACUUGGUGUGACUUCUGUGCCACCAGCAGUAUCCAUGGACUGAAGUACACCCGCGAUGAGGACACCAAUAAAAUAGUUCACUUUGUGUGGCUGCUGAUUUCGCUGGUGAUGUUCAUCUGUGCUGUUGUUAUGGCGCACACCUUCUACAUGGACUAUCGCGGCAGUCCCACGCGAAUGAAUGUGGAAAGUGAUAACACGCCCGUUAAUAAUCUUUACUUUCCACCGGUCACAAUUUGUCCAGAUGUUCUUUUCAACAUGCAAAAGUCUAAGGCUUUUCUAAGUACCCUACAACUCCCCCAAGAAGCGGAGCUAGCAGGCAUUCUUCGAAAACUUUACAUUUUCUAUGGUUUUAUGUUCGAUGAUGAACGUUAUUCUUCCCAGGACAUUGAAGAAAUGGAGACCUUACUCUUCCUAAACAAUCUAACAAUCCAACAAUUUGUGGAACACUUACGCUGGGACUGCGAUGAAAUUCUGUAUCGCUGUAGAUUCAAUGGCGAUAUAUUGGACUGUUCUAAGAUUUUUCAGUUAUCCAAGACUUUUUUCGGCCACUGCUGUUCAUUUAACUUACGUCAGAAGGGUCUCAACUUCACCGCCCGGCGAGCUAUUGGAAGUCAAAAAUAUGGUCUGUCGGUGAUUUUGAGGUAUAAAGACGACAGCUACGACCCAAUACAAUCGUAUUCUUAUGGCGUAAAGCUGCUUAUCCAUGAAGUAGAAGCCUUUCCCAGUGCGCAUGCUGCUUCAAAAUUUGUAGCCUUCAACACGGAGACUUUUGCCGCCAUCAGACCCCAGGAAACCAUUUGUUCGCCUGCUGUCAAGGCCUUAGCUAUUGAGGAGAGAAAUUGCGUUUUUCAAAAUGAGUUUCCACUGCGAUAUUUCUCGGAUUAUGUGUACCCCAACUGCGAGAUAAAUUGUAGGGUCACCAAUAUGGUCAAGUUCUGCGGCUGCCACACUUACUUUUUUGACUUUAAUCGCACUUCAGAUAGGAUAUGUACUUUUAGAGAUAUUCCCUGUCUGGUGGAUAAUUUUGCUAAAAUAAUCACAAGGAACAAGAGCACCCAGUGUUAUUGUCCUCUUGCCUGUGAGCACGAUGAUUAUGGUGUACAGUUAUCCAAAUUUCCUCUGCAACUGAACUUGCCAAUGGCGGAUAAGUUCUACUCGGGUUUAGCCAAAAACGAUGGUGUACUGCAUGUCUUUAUAAAUUCCUUUAGCUAUCGUCGCCUACGACGUGACUUGCUUUCCAAUAUGGUUACUUUGGUUUCCAACCUGGGCAGCGCCUUCAGUCUUUUUGUGGGCAUGAGCAUGCUCUCGGUGGUGGAGAUUAUCUAUUAUUUUUCAGUAAUUCUGCGGAAGAACUACAAAAUGGAGUGUGAAGCACGCAAUAAGAUCCUUCAUAAUAGGCGAAAGUUCGCACGACCCAAAUUGAAUGACACUCACAGUAAACAAGGGAAAUCAGUUUUCAUAAUUCACAAAUCGUAA